GCUGCCAAAGCCGUGACCGUCGACACAUACGUACACAUUGUCACUACACAAGCCAAGGCUGGAAAUUACACUCGCGCCAUGGCCCAAGAACAAAUGUCAGUGAUGAACGAUGCGUACGCUGCGCUUGGGAUUUCCUUCAACACAGUCACCAUCGACGUCACCGUCAACAACGCCUGGGCCACAGCAGCACAAGGCUCCAGCGCCGAGCUCGACAUGAAACGCGGUCUCCGCCAAGGUUCCUACGCAGAACUCAACCUCUACUUCACCAGUGACCUCGCCGGCGGCCUCCUCGGUUUCUGCUACUUCCCCAAGUCCCGCCCAACUUCCAAGGACCUCACUCUCGACGGCUGCGUUAACCUUGCCGGUUCCCUUCCAGGUGGCGACGCAGAAAACUACGACCUCGGCUAUACCGCCGUCCAUGAGACAGGUCACUGGUUCGGGCUGUACCACGUUUUCCAAGGCCAAUCUUGCUCUGGACCGGGUGACUAUGUCUCUGAUACACCGAUUCAGAGAAUUGCCACGAGUGGUUGCCCUGCGAGCCAGGACUCUUGUCCGAAUGCCACGGGUGUGGAUUCUAUUCACAACUUCAUGGAUUAUUCUUACGAUGAGUGUAUGUACGAGUUUACAAGUGGACAGAGUCAGAGGGCGAAUGCUCUCUACAGUCAGUACAGA